UCCUCUGUAGAGGCUCUCUGAUUAUCCGCUCUGACAAGCUGCGUUUAUUAGUAUCGAGUUUAUCGCGGUGUUGUGUCGAGUUUCUCUCUCUCUCAGAGUGAGAAUCGCGGGGUUAUAGAGGAGAGGCCGCUGGCGGGGCUGCGGGCGGCGCUGGUGCAGAGCUGCAGACAGAACUCAGAGCCCGUGGAUGGAAGUGAGCAGGGCUCGAGACAUGGGUCCAGAAAGAGUGUUGCCGAGCUCCGAGGAGGAUCUGGUGCAGGACAGGACCUCCGACACUGCGGUUGCAGAAGAGUGGAGUGGUGAGGACAUGGAGGAGGAGGAAGGGGGAGCUGGGGAGGAAGAAGAAGACAAUGGGGGAUAUUAUUACCAGCCACUGAACCAGGAUCCCGAUGGCCUAAACAACUCGAACGUGGAGCAACCCGACGAGGGAACACAUGCCGAGCAGAUCCAAGAAGUCCAGGAGCGAAUAGAGGCCAUGGGUUUGUUCCUGCCUCAGCCGCCACCUCCAGACAGUGAUGAGGAGGAGGAUCCUGAAGGAGCUGCUGCACAGCAGAGUCACUCUUCCAUUCCUAUGGAUCCAGAUCAUGUGGAGCUUGUAAAGAGGACCAUGGCAGCAGUAAACCUGCCCACACUGGGUAUUCCUUCCUGGGCGCAGGAGAUCUCUGACGACCAGUGGAAGGACAUGGUCCAAAAGACCCUUCAGUCCCGGCAGAGCUCUGCAAGCCUUAUACUGGAACACAAGUGAAACCACCCAAGGCCUUCGUCAUCUCCUCCACCCUGUAGCUCUCGUUCAUUAAACUUCAAAAGACCCAUGUGACUAAACUGACUGGGAACUGGAUAUAAAUGUGCUUCACCCUUUUGUUUCCUUUGGUUGUGAUUAGAAGAUAAAACAUGUCCUGCAGACCAAAUAUCACAAAAUACAUUCAUAGUCCUAGAGCUUAUCGUUCGCUGCAUGAAUAUCCCUGAAGUCUUUCAGGAUUACAGAAGGUGAAGUGUCUCAGAACUUUGCAAGUAAUCUCUAUUUACCCUUAUCAAAAGAUUGUAUUGAGUGUACCAUACCAGAGUAAUACCAGUGUAUCUAACUUGUGUGUCACAUACCAUAUAGUCUGUUUUUUGUUUCUUAAUCUUGGUCCUGGAUGCAUCUUGCGCUGCACAUUAUUACAGUGCUUUCACUGCUCCCAGCGCUUUCAGAGUUGCAGUGGGAGUGUUAAAGCAGAGAAAACACUAAAAUGUUCACGACAGGGUGGAGGACCACUACCAGGCUUGAGAAAUGUUAAUCUAAUCGUUCAUUUCAACAUGGUAUGCUUUUUUUUUUUAUAUUGUACUUUAAAAUCAUUUUUGUUUUUCAUGAACUCACAAACAUUGAAAAUACAAUUACCUAUUAAUUAAAUCAAUGGCUUUGAGCAUUCAAUUAACUGACAUCAGCUCAAUCGUAGCUUUGUAACCUGUUUGCAGUACAUAUAGUGUAGUAGUGAAUAUAGUAUAGAUCUCUGUGCAGCAUCUUCAGAAACACACUGUUCUUUUCUUUUUUGGACUUUAUUUUGUUCUGUACAUACAUGAACAUCUGUACAAAAUAUGACUUUCAUACUAUGUAAUGCUCUACCUAAUUAAAGUACAACAUAUGUACAUAUGA